AUGAUUAUCAAGCCAGAGGGCCCACGAACAUUCAGGAUCCUGCUAACCGAGGAACGGUCACAUGUAAUCAGAUUCUACCACAGCGAUCAGCCGUAUUACCAAUUCACGAACUUUGCACCGUAUGCCAUCCACUGGGAUGGCCGCAUGUACCCCACUGCAGAGCACCUGUUCCAGGCGCACAAGUUCAUGCCAAACCGGCCAGACCUCGCAGAACGCAUCCGAUUCUUGCCCGACUCCCGUUUUGCGCUCGACGAAGCGCGGAACCUCCGCGCAGCGCAGCGCUCCGACUGGUUCGACAUCAACGUGAGCGUCAUGGACGACGUCCUCGAGGCGAAGUUCGCGCAGCACCUGUCCCUGCGCGACACGCUCCUCAGCACCAGCGAUAACGAGCUCAUCGAGGAUAGCCCGGUCGAUUCGUUCUGGGGAUGUGGUCAGGAUGGCCUGGGGAAGAACGAACUGGGGAAGGCGCUCAUGCGGCUGCGCGAGAAGCUGAGAGCUCAUCCGGCGCGCAGGCAUUUCGCGUGGACGUCUCCCCCGCCAGACCGAGAGCGUCGCUCAGAAGGGGUCCAGCCUGUCCCGGAAAAUAGCCACGGGAUGACGCAUGCCCAACUACUGCCUGCACCUGUGAAGGAUCAAGGGACCAGCCAAUGGCAUUCCCCGGAGUGGUGGGGAUACUGGUCGGACGUUUUGAACUACGCACAGGACGCCAUCCACGCGGCAAACGCCAGCACCUUGCGCCUCGACAAUGCGUGCCUGUACAGCCUGAGCGUCCACACGCCGUCCACGACCCCAAGUGAGGAGCGAGUGCUCUUGAUCACUGGUAUUGUCCUCCCAGACCGGUCACGCCACCGAGCUACCGGGCGCUCCCCGCCAGCGGUCCCGGAUCCAGGACAAACAUCUCGCAUUCUGUUCUACCACCGCGACGAGCCUUACUAUGAGUUUACGAAUUUCGCUCCGUAUGCCAUCAACUGGGAUGGCCACACAUACCCGACCGCGGAGCACUUGUUCCAGGCCCACAAAUUCAUGAGCACCCGAGCAGACCUGGCCGAGCGAAUUCGCCGCCUCCACAGCUCGCGCGCCGCGCUCGAGGAAGCAGGUCGCCUGCGCAGGCUACAGCGCACGGACUGGUUCGACGUCAACAUCGGCGUCAUGGACGCAGUCCUCGAGGCGAAGUUCACGCAACACCUGAAGCUGAGGGACUUGCUUCUAAGCACGGGACAUCGUGAGCUCGUUGAGGACAGUCCGGUUGAUUCGUUCUGGGGCUGGGGAAAUGACUGCAAAGGGAGGAACGAGCUCGGCAAGGCGCUCAUGAGACUCCGUGACAAGUUACGGAGUACGCCCUGA